CCUGCAUUGCAGGUUCCAUACUGUGUAGGGGCCUGUGUUCACAAAAUUCUGUCAAAAAAAUGUCAGUAAUGAGGAUGAAAGCAGUAAGGUGUCCCACUGACGAUCUCAGUAUCACUAAUUGUGCUAUAAUUAAUCCAGAUGACUUCCCAGAUGAUGUCAGACAUAUCGAAGUCACCACUCCUACAUCCAAUACAGAAUGUUUGUGCAAUAUUGUACUGGAAGCUGAUUUCUUACAAAAAAAAUCAACCACUCUGGAACCCUAUAACACCGACGAUAUGGCCAGGGAUUUCCUAUUACAAUUUUCAGGACAGGCAUUCACCGUGGGUCAGCAGCUGGUGUUUCAGUUUAAGGAUAAGAAAAUGCUUGGCCUUGUGGUCAAGAGUUUGGAAGCCGCCGACCUUGCCGCCAUAAGCUCUGGACAGAACACUGUGCCUAAAAAGACGCAAUUAGGACGCUGUCUCGGCGACAGCGUCAUCCAAUUCGAAAAGGCAGAUAAUUCGAGCUUGAAUCUAGUCGGCAAAGCAAAGGGAAAAGUUGUUCGGCAAUCGAUUAUCAAUCCAGAUUGGGACUUCCAAAAGAUGGGAAUCGGCGGUCUGGACAAAGAAUUCAGCGCGAUCUUCCGAAGAGCAUUUGCAUCGCGUGUUUUUCCACCGGAGAUUGUUACUCAAUUGGGUUGCAAACACGUGAAAGGAAUUUUGCUUUAUGGUCCGCCAGGUACAGGUAAAACGUUAAUGGCACGACAAAUAGGGACCAUGCUGAAUGCCAGAGAACCGAAAAUCGUCAAUGGCCCUCAGAUAUUGGAUAAAUAUGUUGGAGAAAGCGAAGCUAAUAUUAGAAGAUUGUUUGCUGAUGCUGAAGACGAGGAAAAGAGGCUUGGGCCGAAUAGUGGACUGCACAUAAUCAUUUUCGACGAAAUAGAUGCGAUUUGCAAAUCUAGAGGCAGCGUUGCUGGAAACACUGGUGUACACGAUACUGUUGUGAAUCAGUUGCUCGCAAAGAUCGAUGGUGUGGAACAAUUGAAUAAUAUUCUUGUUAUUGGUAUGACCAAUAGAAGGGAUAUGAUCGACGAGGCUUUGCUACGACCGGGUCGAUUAGAAGUACAAAUGGAAAUCAGUUUACCAGACGAGCACGGGCGAUUCCAAAUUCUUAACAUUCAUACAUGCAGAAUGAGAGACUACAAGAAAGUAUCAAACGACGUCGAUCUAAAAGAAUUAGCUACACUGACUAAAAACUUCAGCGGCGCAGAAUUGGAGGGUUUAGUCAGAGCCGCGCAGAGUACUGCUAUGAACAGAUUGAUCAAGGCCUCUAGUAAGGUAGAGGUGGAUCCAGCUGCAAUGGAAAAACUGAUGGUUAACAGAGCUGACUUCCUUCACGCUUUAGAUAAUGAUGUUAAACCUGCAUUCGGUACCAGUGCAGAAGCUUUGGAUCAUCUUCUUAUACGUGGGAUCAUUAACUGGGGUAAACCGGUGGCAGAAAUUUUGUCCGAUGGCAAUCUUUACAUACAAGAGGCUCGAUCCACUGAAGGAUCUGGCCUUGUAUCAGUUCUUCUGGAAGGACCACCUAACAGCGGGAAAACAGCACUUGCAGCUCAAAUUGCGAAGAAUUCUGAUUUUCCAUUUGUCAAAGUAUGCACACCAGAGGACAUGGUUGGUUUCACCGAAUCUGCAAAAUGUCUUUCCAUACGGAAGAUAUUCGACGAUGCAUAUCGCUCGCAGCUUAGCUGCAUUUUAGUUGACAAUAUUGAGCGUUUGUUGGACUAUGGAUCUAUUGGACCGAGAUAUUCGAACUUGACCUUACAAGCACUUCUAGUUUUAUUGAAGAAGCAGCCACCACGUGGUCGCAAGUUAUUAAUCCUUUGUACGACAAGUCGCAGACAAGUUUUGGACGACAUGGAAAUGUUAUCAGCGUUCAGUACAACUCUUCAUGUACCCAACUUGUCAACCCCUGAACAUCUCUUGAAUGUUCUGGAGGAAGUGGAUCUUUUCACUAAAGAGGAAAUGAUAUCUAUGCAUGCCAAACUUCAAGGAAAACGGGUGUUCAUUGGUAUCAAGAAGUUGCUGUGUCUAAUAGAUAUGGUGCGUCAAGUGGAAGGAAAUUACAGAGUCAUCAAGUUCCUCUCGAAGUUAGAAGAGGAGGGUGCACUAGAGUAAUAAGUAUUUAAUUUAAAAAUGUAAUUAUUUACGUAGAAAUGAAUUAGAUAUCGUUUACUGAGAACCCAUGCAUAUUCAGUAAUCGAGCGAAACGCAUUAAAAUGUACGUUAAACAUAACUGAAU